UCAGCCCGGGAGACGCAAUAAAGUAACCGUGAUUUCAAACCUCACCACCCUGCUCUGCCUGACUCCGCAGAGAAGGAUAGUGACUCAUAUUUUUAUUAUCAUCAUUCUAUACUUUUCAAAUGAGCCUUGAAUGUCUCUAAAAUUCUCCCAAAUUCGUCUUCAUACAGGCAGAGAUGGGGAGACAGUCCUGGAUUAUCUAAGGGGUCCCCAUGUCACCAUAAAGGUCCCUAUGAGGGAAAGAGGGAGGCAGAGGAACUGGAGGCAAAAGAAGAUGAAACUUGAAAGCAGAAGUUGGAGAGAUGUGAGUAUCUGGCUGGCUCUGAAGACAGCAGGGGAGAAGCCACGGGACAUGGCAGCCUGUGGAAGCGAAAAAGGCGACGGAACGGAUUCCACCCCGAAGCCCUCAGGAGGAACACAGCCUGACAAGUUGGUUUUAAUCCAAGGGUUUCCAGUUUGGACUUCUGCCCUCCAGAACUGUGAGGUAGUAACUCUGGAUGGCUUUAACCCACUGGCUGGCAGUGGCUGCUCUGGCACGACAGGAAGCAAAUGCACGGAAUAUCUGUGUGGUUUGGUGGUCAUCGUUCAGCUGUUUGUUGCCAAUGUCAGCUCUGCAAGCGCAGGGUUUGAAUCUGUCGUGUCCGGGGAUGUCCCUCCAGGCAGACGGCAAACUCCCAGGCUGAGUGUGGGCGUGAGGACCCAGGUGCAGGCAGGGACCCGCCCCAAACCCACCAUCUGGGCUGAGCCAGGCUCUGUGAUCCCCUGGAAUAGCCCUGUGACCAUCUGGUGUCAGGGGACCCUGGGGGCCCGGGAGUUCCGUCUGGAUAAAGAGGGAAGCCAAAGCCCCUGGGGGAGACAGCCCCCACUGGAGCCCGGGGACAAGGCCAAGUUCUCCAUCCCACACGUGACAGAGGGGUACGCAGGGAGAUACCACUGUUACUAUUACAGCAGCACUGGCUGGUCACAGGACAGUGACCCCCUGGAGCUGGUGAUGACAGGAGCCUACAGCAAACCCAGCCUCUCAGCCCUGCCGAGCCCCAUGGUGACCUCAGGAGGGAACGUGACCCUCCGGUGUGGCUCAUGGCAGGGAUUUGACAGGUUCAUCCUGACUAAGGAAGGGGAAGACAAGCCCUCCGGGGCCCUGGACGCACAGCCACAGCCCAGCUGGCAGACCCAGGCCCUGUUCCCUGUGGGCCCUGUGACCCUCAGCCCCAGGUGGACGUUCAGAUGCUAUGGCUGCUACAGGAGGAAACCCCAGGUGUGCUCAUCCCUCAGUGACCCCCUGGAGCUCCUGAUCUCAGGUGUGUCUGGGAAACCCUCCCUCCUCACCCCGCAGGGCCCUGUCGUGACCUCUGGACAGAACCUGACCCUUCAGUGUCACUCUGAUAUCAGCUAUGACAGAUUCACUCUGUCCAAAGAGGGGGUACAGGACCUCCCCCAGCGCCCUGGCCGGCAGCCCCAGGCUGGGCUCUCUCAGGCCGACUUCCCCCGGGGCCUGGUUAUUCGCUCUGAUGGGGGCCGGUACAGAUGCUACGGGAGACACAACCUCUCCUCCGAGUGGUCGGCCCCCAGCGACCCCCUGGACAUCCUGGUGGCAGGACAGCUCCAUGACACCCCCGCCCUCUCGGUGCAGCCGGGCCCCACGGUGGCCUUAGGAGAGAGUGUGACCCUGCUGUGUCAGUCAAGGCUCUCCAGAGACACCUUCCUUCUGUCCAAGGAGGGGGCAGCCCAUCCCCCUCUGCGUCUUAGAUCAAAGUUCCAAGGUGGGCAGUACCAGGCCGAAUUCUCCCUGAGUCCUGUGACUGCAGCCCACAGAGGGACCUACAGGUGCUACAGCUCACUCAGCAGUGACCCCUACCUGCUGUCAUUCCCCAGUUACCCCCUGGAGCUCCUGGUCUCAGGACUCAAAUCGUACCUGAACGUUCUGAUCGGGGUCUCGGCGGCCUUCAUCGUGCUGCUCCUCCUCCUCCUCUUCCUCCUCAUCCGUUGCCGUCACAGCAGACGCAGGAAGUCGGGGGCUGCAGACCCCGAGCCCAAGGACAGAGGCCUGCAGAGCAGCUCCAGCCCAGCUGCCGACGCCCAGGACCAGAACCUCUGUGAGGAGAAGAGGAGGGCAGCCCUGGGGGAUGCCGCCGUGAACGACACACAGCCUGCGGAGGGGGUGCAGCUGGACCAUCAGGCUGCCACAUCUGAAGCCCCCCAGGAUGUGACCUAUGCCCAGCUGAACCACUCGACCCUCAGACGGGAGACGACCACACCCCCUGCCUCGCAGUUGGGGGAGCCCCCCGCAGAGCCCAGCGUGUACGCCACACUCGCCAUCCACUAGCCCAGGGGACCCAGAGCCCGUGCUCUCGAAGGGAGACUGCUGGGACGCCAGAAGGCGCAGGAGCUGCCCGCAGUGGACACCACCUGAUGACCACCAGCUGACCUGGACUCCUAACACAGACCGCAGGAGCCCCUGGGGCCCUUUGGGAGUCACCUGAUUCUACCUUCAAAGAUAACUAACAUCCCUACAUUUUGGAAAUAAUGCAAGAGACUUCUCAGUUAUCAAUGUGUGAACUGAAAACCAAAGGAAAGGAGGGAGCAUGUUUUCAAUGAAUGAUAGCAUAAAUAUUACACGUCAAACCAAUGAACUGAGAAAAUUAAGAACCAUGAAUAAAUAAAUAAGAAAAGCCUAAAAAAUCAAUAACCUAAUGAUUCAUACCAAGAAUUUAGGGAAAAAACAGCGAAUUCUAAAUGAAGGUAGAAGGAGAGGACUAAUAAUGACAAGUCUAGCGAUGAAUGAGGACAAAAAAAGUGGAGAAAAAUCAAUUAAGGGGAAAAAAUUCAUUCUUGAAAACAUUGUAAAUCCUAGCCACAACGGCCAAGGGAAAAGAGAGAAGACACACAUUUCUAUGACCAGGAAGGAAACUGCAGACAGCACGACAAGUCCUUUGUAACAACAGUAACAGAACAUUGUCAACAAUGUGACGUCAAUAUGUAGAAAAUGUAGAUGAAACAGAUGUCUUCAAAUGUACAAUUUACCACAUGGACAUAAGAAUAAAUGGAAAAUCUGUAUCACCUUAAA